AUGUCUCGUACCUUACUCGACGAAUCCCAGCUUCCCGCCAAGCGCACCAGGCGACAAACCCGAGCCGCCCUGGACAACGAUGAGAACGCAGAUCCCGACGCAACAGCCACGCUCGAGCUCGGCUGCCAGCUUAACAAUGAAGACGCAUACGCCGAACCGACCUCGAAAAGAACUAAGCAUUCCCGCUCACAUAGCUUCUUAAAGGCAACCCCAAUCACGCCUCAAACCCCACGACACCGAGACGUCUUUGCCGACUCACCCUCUACGCCGCGGCAGGUUGUCAAGUCCGCCGGAAGACUCUUCCAGAGGUUGACGCCCCAGUCUCCUCUCACGCCUGGUUCUCUUCAGACCGUCUACCACUCUGCCCGACAGCUUUUUGCCCGGGGUGCUGACCCAGGCCAACUUGUGGGACGCGAGAAGGAGCGAGAGCAAUUGACUCGAUUCGUCCAGCGAUGCUCUUCGUUAACCCCGAGUGGGUGUCUCUACGUCAGCGGCCCUCCUGGGACGGGGAAAAGUGCAAUGGUCAAGGAGAUUACAGAGCAGUUGAUAGAAUCGACCACUGUUCGACAAGCGUACGUCAACUGCAUGAGUAUCAAGUCUUCCAAGGACCUGUACAGCACCCUGCUAGAGCUCUUGGGUUACAACGGCGAUCUUUCGGAAGCCCUGGCCAUGGAAGAGCUGCAGAACAUUUUUGUCACAAAGAAGAAAGACUCGCCUGUAUACCUGCUUGUUUUGGACGAAAUCGACCACAUCCUGACCAUGGGCUUGGAGAGCUUAUAUCGGUUGUUCGAGUGGUCUUUGCAGCAACCGUCACGAUUGGCCUUGAUCGGCAUUGCGAACGCACUCGACCUCACCGACCGAUUUUUGCCCCGACUCAAAUCCAAGAACCUCAAGCCGGAGCUUCUCCCAUUUCAUCCGUACUCGGCCGCCCAAAUUAAGAGCAUCAUCACUACGCGUCUGAUGACUCUGAUGCCGGUCGACAGCGAGGAGAAAACACUCCCCUUUUUCCACCCCGCGGCCAUUGAACUCUGCUCGCGAAAGGUGUCGAGUCAGACGGGGGACUUGAGAAAAGCCUUCGAGAUCUGCCGACGCGCGCUAGACGUGGUCGAGUCAGAGACCCGGCGGCAACACGAAAACGAGGCAAGGGAGAAGGUUCUGCAGAUGACACCGUCCCGGAAGCCUCUUGGUGAAAAGGCCAACAUGGCCGGCUCUAGUGGGUCCUCCCGAAGCGUUUCUCACGUCGCAGCGGCGUCUCUCAAGACGUUGACGGCCGAGAGUGCCCCGCGAGUUCUCCUGAAGCACCUGAACCAAGUCACACAAGCAGCAUUCAGCAAUGGAACCAACCAGCGACUGAAAGCCCUCAAUCUGCAGCAAAAGGCAGCACUUUGCUCAUUGGUUGCCCUUGAGAAGCGCAACCGAGCGGCAAAGAUGGCCACUGGCCUGAGUGCACCCACCAAGUCGCAGACAAUGGCACCUACAGUAAAAACUUUGUACGAGACGUAUUCUGUCCUUUGCACACGAGACUCGGUUCUGCACCCGCUGUCAAGCUCAGAGUUUCGAGAGGUCAUCGGAAGUCUGGAGACUCUAGGUCUCAUCAACCCUGUCGAUGGGAAGACUGGCAGUCUCGUGAUGACACAGACACCGAGCAAGAGAGGACGAAAGCCUGCGCUCCCCACAGGGGAAGACAAGCGAGUGGCCAGCUGUGUUGGCGAGAAGGAAAUGGAGAACAUUGCCGAGGGCGUCGGAGCUGGCAUUUUGUCGAGCAUCCUCAGCGGCGAGGCGUUGGAUUGA